CCCGUCCUCCCGGCGCGCUCCCGCCCGCACCUUCAGGUCAGUUCUCGCAGCCACCCGCAGGCUCACCACCCCCGGGCCGCCGUGGCACUGGCGGCGGCCCAGUGCUGAACCAACCACCGCUGUGCCCUCCAGUGCCCCAGGUCUGCGCGCGUGCUGUGCCCACCUGGCAUCAGGCUCCAUUGCAGGAGCACGGGCAGCGCUGUCGUCUCUUGUCAGAUCCAGCCAGGCAGCCCAGCCUAGUCCAGGCCAAUAAUCCCCACCGCCGACGAGGUCAUCAUCCCAUAGUAUCAGCUUCGACACGAUCCUGCCACAUGCCUCGACGCACAUGUUGGCGUGCUCACCUCACCUCACCAACGAAACGCAUCCGCCCCAGGAACCCUGCUGCAAGGCAUCUGCACUGCGCCGGCCGGCCUUGCCAGGGCUCUCCGGCGCUGUUUUAGGCACGGCGUCGCUGUGACUCGUCCGCCACCUCACUCCACCACGAAAACUGCCCGGCCACUCCACGAAACCCCCGGCACAGACCAGGCGACAUCCCACUCCCUCACCCACCCCUCGCGGCCUGGUGCCUUUGACUCCAAAAGACGGACGCACCGGCUUUGUCGUUCUUAUACGCUGCGUUUCCCGACAUACUGUGCGCGCAGCGCUGCCUCGAGCCAUCCCGGAUGAUCUAUCGUCUCCUCCACCGCCACUAUCCUGCAGCUCCCCUUCAGCCCGUCUACCUGCCUGCGCCUGAUGCCGUUGACAGAUCCCGGCUCGCAGACAGCCAUCCUCCACCAUGUCGACGUCCGGCUCGGACUCGACGCCCGGCGCUCCGCUACAGUAUUCGUACAUGUUCGAGACGAACAAUGCCCCGACUAAGCAGCUCGACGCCCUGUUGCGGGCCAUCGCCCGCCACAUCAUCCUCGAGAUUGGAGACAGGCAAGAUGCGCAGCUGACGCCCACCAAGCUCGCCGCCUUUUACAAGGCCGUCGGCGGUGAUUAUGACUCCCUCUUCAUCGACAUGACGCACUCGUCCCUCUCCUACGUCUGGCAGGUCACCGGUUGCCAGCACUCUCUCCAACCGACGAGCGACGACUUCGCACCCCCUACGAUCCCCGCCUUGACUUUUCGCGGCUUCUCGCGAUGGGAGUCGCUCGAGAUCCUCCUCGGCCCCGAGGAACACGUCCCAUUCCUGCAAUAUGCGGUGAAGAACUGGGCGCUGAAGCACCCCGAUACGGGCGAAGACUUUCCGCCUGAGCUUCCGUCGAGCGUAUUCCCCGCGCUACCCAACGCCGAGGUGGACCGUUGGCACAAGUCAUGCGCGGACAGACUCAAGAGCGAGGCCGCAUCCUCGGCGGAAGAAGGCACGACGCCGAAGCCCUCUCCGGCCGCAGAGCAGCCGCCGCCCCGGUUCACCUACGUCCAUGUCAACCCUUUCCAACCAACAUCGUCACCCCGACCCAGAGCUGCGGAAACCGACUAUUUUGGGCGGCACAUGCCUUACACACAUGUCCCCAUGGGGCGCCACGCCAGCACACGCCGUUCGGAUAGAUCUCCUCGCCGGGAGGAGACUGCCGAAGAACGAGCCAGACGAAAGAGCUUCUCCGACUACACAUCGGAGCCCCUGCACUCUGACCUGCCCCCUCACGUCUAUUCCUCGACACAUCUCGACCCAGGCUUCAAGCGGCCAGCAGCGCAGCCCCGAAGGCACAGUCACCCGAGGCACCAGUCAUCAGACUCUUCAGAGGCCGAACCCACGCCGGAGCCUAGUAACCUCAAGGCUAAGCGCAGGCGCCAUCCGGCCUCACCUCCGCCCCCACCGUCGGUCCGCCGAUUUGUGCCUCCCAGUGCACCGAUCCCGCCGCCGGCCACCUCAGGCGUCCGCCCACACCGAUCCGACACGCGGUCCGACGACCCUAAACGAAGAAGCGUGCCGAGCCCGCUCGGCUCUCUGCGCAGCAAGCUGAGCGAAACAGUUUCGAGCAUCUUGCCCAAUGGAUUCACCUCAGAGCGGCCAAGGGCCGGCUCACGACAGAACUCGUCCAACGAUCCGAUCCGCGUGCGGAGGAGUCGCGAGCAGUUUCAGCCCUCGCGGUUGAGCCGCAGCUACUCCGACCCAGACUCAGACGACUCAUCUGAACUUGGGCCCGCAGACGAGCUUCGGAGAAGGCGACGAGUCAGAGACGAGCGGGAUCGGGAGCGGGAGCGGGAACGAUACCAUCGCGGGCGGGUCCGAGACUCGGACCGUGACUGGGACGACGAGCGUGACAGGGACUCUGGCGGUCGUCGCGAACGCCCAUACUUGCGCAGGCCGGAAGCACAACGGCGCACGAGCAGCCAUGCCGACAUCGACCGACAGCGAGACCAGCCGGGCUGGGAUCCUCGCGACAGGGAGCAGAGGAGAAAAUGGGAGAGGCGGUCGCCAGACGAGGCUACGGUGCCACCGACAACCACUGGAGUGUCGGGACGGCGGUACGCGGAGGCGGCAUAUAGCUGAGCUAUGAGAGAGCGAGGAAGCGUGGGCGCACGUGGACGUAUACGCGAGGGCACGAGCAGCUACGACUUUCAGUCCGCGCGGCAGGCGCCUGAUGGCGAACGGUUUAUGAGUUUGACGAUGUCACGGAUUUACUUGGGCGUGCGAGCAAUGCUUGAUUUGACGCCUCCUUCACUCUGAUCUGGAUAGGCAAUUGAACUCGAGGGA